UUAAGAUGGCUAGGGCCUAGGCAACAGCACUACGGCUUGGCCGCUACUAGGUGUCUAGGUCCCAUUUGAGCAACCCCAUAGGGGCUCAAAAUUGGCAAAUUCUUGCAAAUACACCACGACACCUGCAUCGCGUGUAUCACUGUCAAGUAUCAGGAAACAACCACCGCCUUCAUCCAAUUUCCACAAUUUGGCGCUCACUUUAACAUGAUGUACUUUUUCUGAUUUCACAAAAUUUGAACACCACAACCAACACACAUAAUAUUCUCAAGGAAUAUUUUUACUCAUUCCAAUUUCUUGUUCUCUUAUUCAUCUUUGAGGCGAUUCUCUUUGUAUCUCUUCAAACUAUGAACACUCUUCAAACUAUGAACACAACAACAAAGGAUAAUAAUGAUAAUAAUGGUGUAUCAUCAACAACAACAAAAACAACGUUACAAGAUGUCGAUGUUGAUGCCCUAGCUCAUUGUGCUAAGUAUCUGAACUUACAAGACCUUUCAAGUUUCGCAACCACUUGUAAAUUGUUUAAAUCUGUGGCUUAUUCCGAUUCUAUCUGGAAUUACUGGUUUAGGGAGCAUUGGCCAUUUCAAAUUUCAUUAUCUUAUCUACAUACCUCAGGAGCUUCCAGGGAAGCAUAUUUGGCUAGACGAAGUGCGGUGCGAGGAUUUAAAUAUAUUGAUCCUGCAAUUUUUCAAUAUGUUGCAUCUCCAAAAGCUAACAGCCAUAUUUUACUAAACAAGAAUCGGAUUAUUCUUUCUCAGCACUCAAGGAUUCAGAUUUUCAAAACCGACAAGAAGGAUGCAGCUGUUUCCGUGACACUGCAGGAUCACAAUGCUCGGAUUACGUGUGUGAGAUGUUUCCCACUAAAUGAAACAUCUUUGUUUAGAAGAAAAGGAGAUGAUUUACUGGUAACUUCUAGCAGCGACCACUCAAUCCGUCUUUGGUGGGAGGACCGUUGUCAGCGAUGUUUUAAAGGUCAUAAUGGCACAGUUACCACCAUUGCAGAUAAACUAUUAGGCGAUACUGACGUAAGAGUACUUGCAAGUGGAGGAGAAGACAAAACUGUACGUCUUUGGUCUAUUUCUUCAAGUGGUAAACGGGGGCAACAUGCUUUGAGAAAAACAUUUUUUGGGCAUGAAAGGCCAAUUGAGGCCCUAGCAGUUCCAGGGCACAGUAAUUCUCUCUUAGUGAGCCUCUCCAAAGACACUCUGGUGAGAGUUUGGGAUACAAAUGCAACUCAAUGUGGUUGCGUUGGGAUGACUUCAAUGGUUGGCCUGCCCAUCGAUAUGAAAUGCCAUGAAUCGUUAUGCUACGUGGCUGCUGGUUCAUCAGUUACAACAAUUGACUUGAGAACAAUGCGAAAGGUUUUCACUGCAGCUGUUCAUCGACCAAAAUUUUGCUCGUUCCAGAUGCUUCCCUCCAAAUUCUUAGUUUGCACUGGUGGAGAUGAAAAAGCUAUGCUAUGGGACAUCAGGAAAGCUUGUGAAGGGAAAUCAGAACCAGUUGCUAUUCUGGGUGCACAUGAGGGUCCAAUUUCACAUUUAUACAUGGAUCCAUACAAAGUUGUCACCGGAAGCCGAGUUGAUCCGCUUGUUAUGGUCUGGGAAACCAACACUGGUAGGUUUACAAAUUCUUUCUCGUGUGGAACAGACAACGAAAAUGAAUAUGAAACUGGUUGUUCCGUCAUGGCUGUAGAUGCUUGUCGUAUAGUUACUGCCAACUUUGGCAUGGAACCAGAACAAGUAUGGCUCAGGGACUUCAGUAAUGCUGAAGUCCCUGUUCCAAGUCAUGAGGAUGAUUACGAUUCCAAAUUUUGGGAGCUCCCUGAAGUUUAAGUAUUACUGAAAUUAUUAACACGAGUAAUAUUUCUUUUUUUCCUUUUUUUUUAUUGUUGCAAGUACAUUACUUAUUAUACUAAAUCAUAAAACUUUGCUGAGUGAAUGUAUGAGUGAUU